AUGCCUUCCAUUUUAACUGGCAAAGGUGUGAAAGAGGCUCUGUUGCUCAUUGAGAAUGCCGGGCUGCCUCACCCCUCUGGCCCGCUGCUUUCAUCCUUCGUCGUCGAAGCUCUUAGCCCUCCGCUGGCCGCUCAGUAUUUACUGCCGGCAUGUCAGUCCGGUUACAACCAACAGGCCGAUCUUCUUCAAAUUGUGUCUGAUUGGAGCUAUAUUGUUGAGUCUAUUUCAACACACGGCUGUCCUCCACCACUGCUCGACCCCGUCACUCGGGCUGCUAUCACUAAACGCGGUGGUGACAGGUGCUGCAUUACCGGCAAAGCCGGUCGUUUCUGGGAUCCACUGGUCGUGGUUCCUGUUCUUCCGCUUCCGUCUCGCUGGAUCGAAGUUGAGGUAUGUCCAGUCGUUCAAGACGAUUACGACCCGACGGGAAGCUGA